AUGGAUCAUAGAGAGAAAAAUUUAAAUGACUGGCAACAGUCGCUGUUAUUGAAAGAACAGAAUCUCAACGAAUAUCAAAAUAAUUUAAAUUUAUUCAACAAAAAUAUGCCAUUAAAUAAAUCCGAUUCUAUUUAUGCAGAAUGGGGUAUCUUCAAAAGAAGUAUGAACAAUGACUCUAGGCUAGGAAUUAUGUCGAUUGGGGAAGUAUUCGUGUCCAAUACGUUUAUUGAAUUAUAUAACAACUGGCUGAACACAGAUAUAGGUAAAAAUUAUAAAGCAAAUAAAUUAAUCGCUGUAUAUGUCACGAAGCUAGACCUAAGCUGGACUGCAAAUGACUUUCGGUUGGUGGAUAACCUUAAUGCAAAACUUGCAGUUUGCGAAAAGUCAGGAAGACACAAGAUUAAAUUCAUUAUUGAAUAA